UUUGAGCUCGUGUAUGGGAGAAAGAGGGUUACACGCAACGCAAAAGCUAAAACAGGUGACACUCAAAAGAAGCAGAAAUAGAUCUCCAAACUCAUUUGUCAAGCACUUUUCCCAGGCCGACUGAGAAGCCAUGAGGGUUUAUCAGGGACACAGGAAGCAUCAUCCAAACUUUUAGCAAUGAUGUCACUGAUCAAUAGACCGCAUGCGUGUCUGAAUCUCCUCAGCACGGCGCAUAACUUGAAUGCACGCCACCAGACACACUACACCAAUCUGAAUAAUAUCCUAGCUAUACAAAUCUGCAGCCAGCCUGAAUGCUGCUGUGCAGUGGUCACAAAUGCCACACAUGUGUGGUGCCUUCCUGAGAAUGAAAGCCAACACACUGCACACAACACACAUCAUCGAUCCAACGUCUAUAAAAGGUAUGAUGAGCCUGGCAGAACUGUGCGACCAGCCACAAAAACCUCAGUGCCUAGCAGUGUCUAUCUGUCUGCAUGCCUAGCUCCAGUUGCAUCGUGUGUAGAAAGAAUCCCCCUCCUUCAUUGGCAUCGUUUCAGCCAAAUCUGUCGCCACCCGCAUCAUAUUGCUGUUCCAUGGCAUGACACAGAACCGUUGGUAUCUUUUUUUCACCUCCUGUCCAACCAAACGCAUUGCGCCUCUCGGAUUUAUGCCUGUCCCAUUUGGACGACAAUUCCCUAUUCAGUGCAAAAUAUUGCCGUGCAUUGCUGCUUAUUUUCCUGCAUACAUGAAAAUUGAGAGCUUUUGAUUUGGCCCAUGAUAUAGUAGGACACCGUGAUAUAAUUAUUCCCAUCCCUAAGAGGGCAUCAAUCCAGACUUUUUUGAAUCCAGACUUUUCUAGCGCUUGGGGUGCGCAGUGAGAAGCUGCAUGGCUGAAAUGUCAAGGCUGUGGGUUUUGUCCUCUUCUGCCAUUCAGCUGACGUCUAAUGCCUACUCAGCAAAGAUUAUUCCUGUUUUAACCCCCUACACUGCCCAACUGUGCCCAUGAUCUGACACAUCCUACAUCCAUGAGUCCAUGCGGGUGUUCCUGUUGAAGAUAAGACAGUUGUCCCCGCCCACCAAUCCACCCAGGAGAGACAGGGUGGUCCUUUU